GUCAUUCCAAAGUUUGAAACCAUAGUUUAAAUAGAUAGUGAUAGGGUAUCAAUUGAAGACACAAAAAAUAAGAAUAAGGGGGAAAUAGGAAUUAUGGCAGAUUGGGGUCCAAUUUUUGUGUCAGUUGUUCUUUUCAUUCUCUUGACUCCUGGUUUGUUAUUCCAAAUUCCUGGUAGAAACAAGAUUGUAGAGUUUGGUAAUUUUCAAACAAGUGGAUUAUCCAUACUCAUUCAUGCUUUACUCUACUUUGGUCUUGUGUGCAUCUUCAUGUUAGCAAUUGGAAUUCACAUGUAUGCGGGAUAAUUAAUAAUCCUAAAAUGCCAUGAAUUGUUGAUUUAUGUAUUUUUAGUUGAUUUGGUAUUGGUUUGAAUUCUAGGACUUUUUUUUUUAAUGUAUAUUUGGAAAAAAUGAAUUAAUGACCAAAUUUAGAGAUCAAUGAGAUGAAAUUCGAGACUAAAUCACGUUUUAUAAAUUUAAUAUUGAAAUUGGAGACGAAUUUCAUAUUUUUCUUUAAAUUUUGGUCUUUAAUUCGUUUUUAGUCGUACGUUGAUAUAGUAUUAGUUAUGUUGAGAGACUUUAUUGUCUAAAGUCAUUUAGAUUGCAAAUGAUUUUAAUAAUCUCAAACUUAUUUAUAUAUUCUCUUUGAACAACUAUUGUAACACAUUCUAAAGAUGGAAAGACAAGUUUUACUCUUGUUUGGGAUUCAGAAGAAAAGAUUAUUGAAGAUUGAAUUGUUAGUGCUAAACACUUAUAUUCAUUUGUUCAUUGGAUUUUGGUUUAUGUCUUCCAACUUUUUUUUUUAUUAUCAAUUAUUAAUAAUUAUGAGUCUAGUGUUAGUGAUUGCUAGAGAUCUAAGAUUCCAACCUAGUUGAAAUCUUUUUCCUCUAUAAAAAUUAAAAAUAUUGUGUUA